AUGGUCGCCACCGUCGCACAACCCUCGCUCAGCAUAAAAGCCAGCGCAGCUGCCUCGCACUGCCCGAGCUGCGGCGCCGACGUGCCCGAAGACCUCGCCGCCGCGCAGGCGCGCAUCGCCGAGCUCGAGGGCGAGGUGCGCGCCCUCAACGACAAGGCCGCGACGGCCAUCAACCGCUGGGCCGAGUACGAAGUCGAGCUGACCCGCCUACGAUCGACCUCCUCGCCACGGCAGCAACGGCCGAGUCCGACGCGCAGCAGCCCGUCCUCCUACCUUCAACAAAGCACCGAGCGCAUCUCUGCGCUGCUCUACUCGCGCAAGCCCUCGACCUCGACCCUUCGCGCCGGCGCGCCGCUGGCCGCUCUGCAAACCACCGCCGGCGCUGCGACGGGGGCGGGAGACUCUUCUGCCGCCGCCACGCCCUCGACGCCGACGCACAUGAACGAGGACCUGCUCGAGGCGCUGAACCGUGAGCAGGGCCUGCGGCGCGAGGCGGAGGGCCGGCUGAGCGCGACGAGCCGCGAGAUGGAGGAGCUGAGCGCGGCGCUGUUCGAGCAGGCCAACGAGAUGGUGGCGGACGAGCGGCGCGCGCGCGCGAAGCUGGAGGAGCGCGUGGGCGAGCUGGAGCGCCGCGACGCGGAGAAGAAGAAGCGCCUGGACCGCCUGGAGAGCGCCAUGGCCCGCAUCGAGCGCGUCAGGAACCUCCUCCGCGAGUGA